AUGUUGAAGCCGGGCGACCCGAGCGGUUCGGCCUUCCUCAAAGUGGACCCGUCGUACCUGCAGCACUGGCAGCAGCUCUUCCCUCAGGCCCAGCUGAAGGCUCCUCCGCCUCCACCUGACCGCCUCUCCAUCCCCAUGGACAGCCUGCGCCCGUCCCGCCUGCACAGCCACCUCCUGUCCUCCUCUCACUGCACCUCCUCGUCUUCUUCUUCUUCUACUACUUCUUCUUCUGCGGCGGCGGCAGCAGCAGCAGCAGCGUUGGCUCCGGUGUGUGCCGGGCCUGGAGGACCAGGACCAGGACCAGGAGGAGGACCGGGAGGAGGAGAUCUGAUGGUGGUGGUUCCUCCGGAGAACCAGCAGCAGGGUCAUCACAACCAAGCAGUAGGACUCCUCCAUCAGGCCAAAGAGCAGGGCUGCGGAGGAGGUGGGGGGGUGGUGGUGGGGGUCGGCGUGGUGUCGUCCAGCGUGAAGAGCGGAGGAGGAGGAGGAGGAGGAGGUGAGGAAGGCGGGAAAGGAGCGACGGCCAGGUUCAAGCUGACCUCCGAGGAGCUGGACUACUACCUGUACGGACAGCAGAGGAUGGAGAUCAUACCGCUCAGCACACACACGGGGGAGGCCAACAACCACCUGACCCUGUAUAUCUGUGUGUUCCAGAUCUACGAUUCAGAGGGGACGUUACAGCACUUUAUCGAUGGUAAUGAUCCCAGUAAGUCCAGCUGGAUGAGGUAUAUCCGCUGUGCCAGACACUGUGGGGAGCAGAACAUGAUGGUCGUACAGUACAGGUAG